CCACCAGCUGCUGCGACACGGGAUGAAUGAGGAAGAAGGAAGGAAGGAAGGAGGAGAAAGGGGGAUGAAGGGGGGAGGGAACAGAGGUGAGCGUGCGCGCCGCCUGCAUGGGUGCCGAUUUCUUCUGUACAUUGCAUUGUACUGGAUUGUCGAUGUUCUUAAUCGUCUCCUCUUUUUUUAUUUGUGGAGCCAAAAUACGGAGGGAGUUGGUGGUGGUGGUUGUUGUGGUGAGGAGGAGGGCGGAGAGGCGCUUCUUCCGUUUCCGUUUCCAUUCUGUCAGAGCUGGCUGGCUGGGUGGCCUGUCUGGUCUGGCUGCCUUACUACUACCUACUUACUACCUACUACUACUAUUUACUACCUACUUAGUUACUACCUACUUACUUAGUUUUAUACUUUAUUGGCCUCUCCUCUCCCCCAGCCAACCCCGCUCUACCUUCUUCUGCUUUGCCUUCUGCUUUGCCUUCUGCUUCUGCUUCUUCUAAUCGGAAUCGUUACUGCGCUCUGCACGUCGUGGUUCGCACUGUUCGUAUCUACUUAUCUACCUAUACGC